GGAAAACGGUGGUGCACCAGCUCUCGGUGUCGUUGGAGGAUCUCUACAACGGCACCACGCGCAAGCUGUCCCUCCAGAAGAACAUCAUCUGCAGGAAAUGCGGAGGCUGCGGGGUACGGGAGGGUGCCCAGAGGAGAUGUCCCAAGUGUCACGGCUCGGGCAUGGAGGUUCGCAUCCACCAGUUGGGUCCCAGCAUGGUCCAGCAGAUCCAGAUGGUGUGUUCCCAGUGCCAGGGCCAGGGCGAGUGGAUUCGGCCUCGGGACUGCUGCCUCACCUGCAACGGCCGCAAAGUCGUGCGAGAGAAGAAGAUCCUCAGCGUUCACCUGGAUAAAGGCAUGAAGGACGGGCAGAAGAUCACUUUCCAUGAGGAAGGGGACCAGGUUCCCGGCCUGGAGCCUGGGGACAUCAUCAUCGUCCUGGAUCAGAAAGAACACCCAGUUUUCCGACGCAGCGGCGACGACCUCAUCGUUAAGAGGGAGAUCAGCCUGGCGGACGCGCUGUGUGGCUGCAGACAGGUCAUCCGCACCCUGGACAACAGGACCCUGCUCGUCUCUUCCCAACCAGGUGACGUUAUCCGACCCGGGGACCAGAAGUGCAUCCCUAACGAGGGGAUGCCCGUCUACAGGAGCCCCUUCCAGAAGGGAAAACUCAUCCUGCAGUUCCAGGUGAAGUUCCCGGAGCCCGGCUGGCUCCCCACCGACCGCCUGCGCCAGCUCCAGGCCUUCUUCCCACCCCAGGAGGAGGUGAUGGCUACGGAGGACACGGAGGAGGUAGAGCUCAGCGAUUACACAUCCCACAGCGGGCCGGGCCGACGGCCCUACACCGGCGAAGCCUACCACGAAGAUGAUUUCGAGGAUGGCACACGCCAACACGUCCAGUGCCAGACCUCGUAG